GUCGCCCCGGACGCAGCGGCGGCUGAGGCGGCGCCUUUCCCGCCGCGCCUGUCUGAGGGCCUCGCGGAGCGCCGCGGCCGCCAUGGCCGGGGUGGUGCGCACCCUGGGCCGCUGCCUCUGGCCGGCGCCGGGCGGCGACCCGCGGGCCGAGGCGGCCGGGCCGGGCGAGGCGGGCAAGGAGGGCGGCCUUCCCCCGCCGCCGCCGCCGCCGCCCCUCCGCCGGCGCGACCUGGAGCGCGAGGCGCGGCGCCGGAGCCGCGAGAUCGACGCGCUGCUGGCCCGCGAGCGGCGCGCCGUCCGCCGCCUGGUGAAGAUCCUGCUGCUGGGCGCCGGCGAGAGCGGCAAGUCGACCUUCCUCAAGCAGAUGCGCAUCAUCCACGGGCGCGAGUUCGACCAGAAGGCGCUGCUCGAGUUCCGCGCCACCAUCUACGAGAACAUCCUCAAGGGCUGCCGGGUUUUAGUCGAUGCACGGGACAAACUUGGCAUUCCUUGGCAGUAUGCGGAAAAUGAGAAGCAUGGGAUGUUUCUGAUGGCCUUUGAAAAUAAAGCUGGGAUGUUCAUUGAGCCCUCGGUGUUCCAGUUGUAUGUACCAGCUCUGACCGGCCUGUGGAAGGAUUCUGGGAUCAAGGAAGCUUUCAGCCGUCGAAGUGAAUAUCAGCUGGGUGAAUCAGUAAAAUAUUUCCUGGAUAAUCUGGAUCGGAUUGGCCAGUUGAACUAUUUUCCCAGUAAGCAAGACAUCUUGCUAGCUAGAAAAGCCACCAAAGGGAUUGUGGAGCAUGACUUCAUUAUUAAGAAGAUUCCGUUCAAAAUGGUGGAUGUGGGUGGACAGAGGUCUCAGCGCCAAAAAUGGUUUCAGUGUUUUGAUGGGAUAACGUCCAUACUAUUUAUGGUUUCCUCAAGCGAAUACGACCAGGUUCUCAUGGAGGACAGACGCACAAACAGACUAGUUGAAUCCAUGAAUAUCUUUGAGACCAUCGUCAACAACAAGCUCUUUUUUAACGUCUCUAUCAUUUUAUUUCUUAAUAAAAUGGACCUCCUGGUGGAGAAGGUCAAGAAUGUCAGCAUUAAGAAGUAUUUCUCAGACUUCAGAGGUGAUCCUCACCGUCUGGAAGAUGUCCAGCGUUACCUGGUACAGUGCUUUGAUAGAAAGAGGCGAAAUCGCAGCAAGCCCCUUUUCCAUCAUUUCACAACCGCCAUCGACACUGAGAACAUCCGCUUUGUCUUCCACGCGGUGAAGGAUACCAUCCUUCAGGAGAACCUUAAGGAUAUAAUGUUGCAGUGAAUGAAAAUGGAUUUCUCUUUAUGGAAACCUAACCAGUUGUAGGCCCAGCUGUUACCACUAUGGGUUUUGCAGUGCAUCUUUUUUCUGAAGAUCCAGGCUGUUCCUUGGAUGAGGAAGCCUGGGCAGAAGACCCAGAAGCAGAAGAAUUAACCACAACUGAAAAAGUCGCUGUUGCAGACACAUUAUUUUCUGAACCCUGAAUGCUAUUUCUUCUUGGCUUUUGAAAAGAGAGGCCCAACCUUUUGGGGGAAAUGUAACUAAGGUCUCUGUGUGAAUUAAUUUUGUCCUGCAACAAUGCCAGAAUGUGCUGGCUACCAUACCUGUCAGCCUCACUAGUUUUGGGUGCUGAAAUAACGGACUCAGUAAUAUAUUUCAUUUCUUCGCUGAUGGUUCUUUUUAGAGAGUACGUGUAAUAUGUUGUCAUAAUUCCAAGAUCAGUAUAUAGGCCAGGUGCACACACAGACCUUUGGAUUGUGUUUGCCAACUGGUUAUCUUCGCUCUUGUUUAAGGAAUUUCUCUUCGGCUUUCCUUAUGUAGAAAUCCAGAAUUGUAAACUGAAUUUAGGUGGUCAUACAAGCAAAACAUUUUUUUUUAGCAAGACACAUCAAAACAGCAAAUAUCUAAAGCUUGGGUUGGUAGAACAUGCUUUGCACGAGAUUGUUACUGCAUGUUGGGACAUAGCUUCAGCAGUAACACAGUUUCAGGACAACGAAUAUACACACCUAGUGCUUUAGUAAAACAUCUUUAACUUUGUUUUCUUAUUAGAUUUAUAUUAAAAAAAAAUCCCUCAGUGUGACAGGGUUUCCUGUCACUAAUAUGGAAGUUAAUACAAUUUUUAGACAGGUCUUGGCAAGUAGCAACUGCCCACACUACUACAGAGAUUUGCUCUUAAAAAUCAGUGUUUCAGAGGCACUGAGUUUGGGUUAAAAGAUCUUGCUUUGAGUUUAUUCUUAAUUAUAUAGGAAUUUACCAUUGUAUGUCAUAAUGCAUUUAAAAAAACAUAAACUGUCACGUGUAACUUGCCUGUUUAAGGCUAGAAUAGAAUAUGUGUGAACUUUCGGGAGGCUGUGAAUAACAUUGAUGUGAGCUUAUUUUUUCAUUCUAAAAUGCUAUAUUUAACUAUGGGUGCCUUUCUUUUGUGUACACAGUUCACACUUUGUCUACUCUGAGGUAUGUAUUAAUCAAACUAAGUCCUGCCUUAUCCAUUCUAUAACCAUUAUUCAGGGAUAAUCUUCAACGUAAGAAAUCUUUACUGUGACUUUGGUACCAGAUUUUGUAAUAAAACAAAGGGCUUAGUCUUUCCUAUAUCUUA